GAACAUGGAGAAGAACCAUAUGCUUGACUGGAGGUCUUCUGGGCCAUUCAGACCUGGACUGACAUAUUUUUAAGAGACGUAAUAACAGGAGUCUCCUCUAUCAGGUAGUACAAGCUCAUGUCUGUCAGGUAUGUAAUAUUUUUAUCAACCAUUUUCCCCACUUCCAUUGUUUUAUUGAUAUUUCUGUUAUUGGAAGCCGUGUUGCUUGUUAAAGGUGUGAAAUUAAGUUAUUGCACUUUGUGGUUAGUAAUUUUAUUCUGCGGUGCGUUUUCACUCGUAUCAGACUGAUUGUAUUUCACUGACCGUUGAGAGUGAUUAGUAGUUACCGAUCUACAUAUUGCUUCUCAAGAUUUUGCAUAAAAUUAAAAAUCAGCUGGUGCAUUCUCUCUGAACAGCCUGCUGUCACUGGCAAUAUUUAUUUAUGUAAAAAUUAUUUUAAAAUACAUAUUUGACAGCAUGCCGGACAGAAAAACAUCCUGUAAAGAGUUCAUAAGUGCAACAGAAAUUUCUUAUUUUGUUUUCAGUUGUGAUACUGCUUUCUUUGUCAGUUUUCUCAUUUCUUUUCUUUCCCUCCAGUGAAAUGCGAUGAGUGUGCAGAAUCCCACACAGGACACACCAUGCCCCUGUCCGGCGACAAGUUCAUCUGCCCCAAGUUCCAGCCCAACAUCUUCGACCCCUCCCGCUGCCACGACUGUCUGCGCCAGAGGCAUCUGCACGCCGGCGCGGGGGAACGCACAGCCUCAGAACUACAGCACAAAUCGUCAGCGGACGCCGGGACUGCAGUGAAAACUGGGGUUGAGACUGGGACAGGAGCUGGGUCUGGAUCAGUCAAAGGAGUGCUGUUGACGCCGGUCCCAUCCCAGGCAGAGGAAAGGGACACCAGCAGCAAGGAGGAUUCUGAUGGCCUGUCGGUGGUGAGCAGCAACUAUGAUGUCAGCGGAGGAUGUCUGGGUUACGACGCAAGCUCGCUGUGCAUCCUGAGCCCCGACUGUGAGCUUUACAUUUGUGAAGACGACGACAGCACAGACAGCUGUCUUGAUCAGAGUGACUACCAAGAGCUCAGUGGUUGUGGCAGCACAGAAGAUGAAUACUUGCCAAUCUACCACCGUUCGAUCCAGCUCGGCAUGACCCGACUUGACCCUCCGCCUCACCGCCCCAGUCCUCGAGCCUGGAUGGAUGAAGCCCAGAACAGAGGCCAAUUCAGGUUAAAAGAUGAGAGGGAAAAGCAUGCAAGUGGCUACUUUUCCUUAGGGAGGGCAGCAGGAGCCCGUUCGCUCCGUGACCACAGUCCACCUGCCCCUUUCCGUCACUUUGAGAGAGGUCAUCCUCUCUUCAGCACAAGAAACAUUGAACCUAAAGACAUUGUUCCAUUCAGAAACCCAAAUCUUGGUGUGGCAUCUGACAGACCAAUACCAGAGGUUCUGAAUGAGGACCUACCAGUGGAGAUCCCUCCUCCUGAUCCAUAUGAAGUUGCCAUUGAGGUUGAGGCACAAGUCGGCCCACGAUCUCCAAGUCCAACUCCUUUUAAGAUAGCAGAGUCACUGGCUUCUACUGGCAGAAAAGGGUUCACCAGUUAUGGCCGGGGAAACUCAGCUUCUCAUGUCACUUCCCGUCAACAACCAGGACGUUUUGAUUCCUCAAGGCAAGGCUCUGCUUUACAAUCUCGCUCUUCUUCUCCCUCACGUGGAAAUGUACCAUUCAGGAGCAGUGAGUCUGCUGUUUCCCUCAGUAGGCCUAACAUUCACGGUGGUGGUGAUGGUAGUGGUGCGUGGUCACAAAGAGUGGAGCCAGGAUCUAGAACCCCCUUCCCAGGUGCACAUAUACACCGUGCUGAGUCAGGAACUCUCCCUAGAAACUUCAAAUCAUUUGCUACUUCACUCAAAACCCAAUCCAGCCCUAUAUCCGAUUUUAAGAGUGUCUUGCACAAAACAGAUCAUGUAGAUGGGCCUUUACAUGGUCGAGGCAGAGGCAGUAGAAGCUCAUCUCCAUUGAGGAGAGACUAUGACCCUGUAGGGCAAACAACGCUCCACAAAACUGAAGCCAAAAGUAGAUCACCUCUUGAACGUCAGCAUGAUAGUCGCCAUUCCUCCCCAUCUAGAACUUAUGAUAGUGUACAUGAUAGCCACAGCUCUUCAUCACCAAAGAGAAGUUGCAACUCAUUUAGCCAGUCCCAUCUUCACAGGUUUGACUCAGUUACAUCUCUGAAUGGCUGUCAUCACCACGGUCGCUGUGGCUCACCAAUUAGAGAAGGCUAUGACAUUGAAAAUCAGGCUCUGCACCGUAACCCAAAGACCCAAGUGACUAGGAAUGACGAAGAAUAUGAAAGCCGCUCUGUGUCUCCAACCAGAAAAUAUUACAGUACAUCAACUCAACCUGUGCUCCCAAAGUCUGAAGCAAAUGUAGGUAACAGUCGAGGUCAGGGUAGCCGCUGCACCUCUCCUGGCAGGAGAGGUAAUGAUACUGUUAGUCAGCAUCAACUUCGGAAAACAAACAAUAGCAGUUCAUUAAAUAGUAGUAGCCGAAAAAGCUGUAAUUCAUCUCCAUCAAGGAAAAGUCAUGGUACUCCUAGUCAAGCCUUGCUACAAAAGUCUCAAACGUACAGUUGUGUCAGAAGUUAUGAUGGCCACAGUUCUUUGCCUUCAAGAAAAGGCUGUGAGUCAGUUGGUCAGAGUUCGCUGUGGAAGGCUGAUUCCAGCAGGUUAGUGAACAGCAAAAACUACAACAGCGACACCUUCUCUCCCUCUAGGAAAGGUACCAGUGACCCACCCGGUUACUCUGUCCUCAGGAAUGCUGCUAAUCGAGACCCCAGCAGUUCAUUCCAGAGAAAAAACACUAAUAAUGAGUCAAGGUCUGACUUGAAUCACUCACUGUCCUCUUGGCGAGAGUCCAAGUAUUCUCUCUGCAGUUCCUCAUUAUCUCGUGCCACUUCGCCACCUCGACAGCCUACAAAUGGCAGAAUAGGUUUUAUCACCUUGGAAACAUCCCGGAGCCCCAGCACCAUGAGACCUGUUCGUGGCAGUGAAGGCUUUGCGAAUUGCCGUUCAUCCCCGAAGGACAACAGGUCUUCCCAUCGGGCACGGAGUGCUUCUCCUUCACCACACAUUCAGAUGCGGAGGCACACUUCCUCUCAGAGCUCUUUGGAGUCCUCAGAGUCUGGUCAGGUGUCUUUAGGAUCAACAAGGCGCAACAGAGAGGAGUACACCAUAAUGGCUGACCUCCCAAAGGUCAAAAUCAUCCAUCAGGAGGAGGAAUCGGACUACAUGGGACAUCCUCAGCACUGCCAGCCCUCACGGAAACAAGAACUCUUCAAACCAGCGAGCCACUCCCUGAGUAAACAUCCCUACAGAGAGUGGGAAAAUGCAGGAGACUCUGACUAUACAGGAUGGCACAGUGGUGGUUUAUCUCGAGCUCAGUCCUCCACCUCAUUGCAGAGGUCCGGUAGUCCCACAAUAGAGGAGGGCACAUCUUGGAAAGGUAAUCAUCACAGACUGGUACAAAUGCAGCCGGAUCUCCUGAACUUCAAAAAGGGAUGGAUGUCAAAACUGGAUGAAAGUGGAGAGUGGAAAAAGCAUUGGUUUGUUUUGACUGAUGCAGGCCUGAAGUACUACAGAGACUCCGGUGCAGAGGAGAAAGAUGAUCUGGACGGGGAGAUUGACCUGAAAUCCUGUGUGAAGGUGUCAGAGUUUGACGUGGAGAAGAAUUACGGGUUUCAGAUACAGACACUGGACGCAGUAUUCACACUGUCUGCCAUGACAGCUGGGAUAAGACGGAACUGGAUAGAGGUUUUAAAAAAGUGUGUUCGACCCAGUACUUCUCCAGACCUCACACAACUGCCUGACAGCAGCAGUGACAAGGAAAACUCCCAUUCUCGCUCUGUGCUGUCUUCCCGUCGUCCGUCAUCACGUCACAGUGACAUCCAGCCAGAUGUUCCAGACUCUGUGCCUUUCACUCAGCGUAGGUUUGACUAUGUUGAGUUGUCUCCCAUUCCUUCCUCCUCCAACCCUCUCCCAGCCAGUCAAAGAGAAGCAGCAGAGGGGCAGGGGAGGGAGCACAGCCAAUGGCAGGAGGAGAGGAGCGGUGAUGUCACAAGCAGCCAAUGGGAAGCCUUGCUGUCCAGGAAAGGCCCUGGCGUAGGAUCAAACCAAAGACUACAUGUGGAGGAUGAAAUAGAGAGAAAGUGGGCUGAAUUGGAACGCAUGCCGUUAAAACAGAUGAGAUCUUUGCCACCAAUGGGAUCACAGUCUUCCACCCAGUCAGCCAAUGAGGCGCUGCAGAGGGAGGUGGCGUCACUGAGGCAGCAACUGGAACAAUUGAAACAAGGAGGAGGUGGAGGUAUGGGGAUUGGCUGUGGCCCUGAUACCUCCUGCGGCCGCAGCCUGGUGGCAAUGGAACGCGCCUACAGACAGGCACUGGAGGAGCUGCAGAAGCAGCACGAGCGUGAGAUGAAGGAGCUGGAGACGGAGAGGGACAGGCUGCUGCUGGAGGAGACCCGGGCCACCACCCAAGUGAUGGAGGCAUUGAAGACGGCCCACAAAGAGGAGCUGGAGAGAGAGGUUGAGAAGGUCAAGAGGUUAAGCAGUGGGAUAAUGGACUCUCACACCAUGCGAACUCAUCAACAGGCUGAAACGCAGACCCUGCAAAGAGAGCUGGCCGGACUGUCUGAGCGCUACUCUCAGAAAUGUCUGGAGCUAAACAGAGCUGAGCAGAACAACGCCGAGCGGGAGAGAGAGAUCAGCCGCAAGGAGAGAGAUAUGGAGCAGCUGAGGAAAGAAAACCAGGACUUGAAGAACCGUUUGAUGGCUGAGAUGAGCCGCAUGCGCUCCACCAUCACAGAUCAGGGGACAGAUGACAACCGAAAUAAAAACACCUGUGAAUUACAGGUUCUCCUCAGAGUAAAAGAAAAUGAGAUCGAGUACUUGCAUAAGGAGAUCAGCUGUCUAAGAAACGAACUACAGUUCCUAAGCUCGGAGAAACGGCUGGCCUGUGAGCGAUAUUCAGAGGUGAACGAGGAGCUGAAUGGGAUGAAGGGCCGGAGUGAGCGGGAGAUCCAGAGUCUGAAGGAGCAUUUGAGGCUAGCCAUGGCUGCUUUGCAGGAAGGCCAAAUGCUGGGCAACAGUCUGGACCACUGAGAGUCUGCGGCUGGUUCUACCACUGCAACAGGUUUUUCUAGUGACUGAAAUGAUGAGGCACAAAUGCAGAAAAGGCUAUUGGACUUGUAAAAUUCUGGCUGUCGGGGCCACGAUGGUGCCUUAGCUUUCAAUCAUUCUGCCAAUAAGCAGCACACAGCAGCUCUUACAUUCUUUAAUCACACUGGGCCACAUAUAAAACUGCACUUUUCAUUUUUUACUUUAGCAUUUGCUUCUGUGAAUACACGCAUGUGUGAGUGCAUUUUGUCUGAAAACUGGAUUAUUUUAUCUUUUUUUGUGAGGAUGUUUGAUUAAAGGAACAGCUGAGACUUCAUUCUGCCUCUAAAUGCUUUUCGGAUAAACCUGUAAUUGUCUGCCACCUGAGGCACCAGCAGUUAAAACUUUGAGAAGUGGAGUUAUUGCAGGUUUUUUGUUUUUUGACAGCAUUUGAGUUAUAUUUACUCUGUAAAUGGCACCCAUUUCUGUAGAAAUGGUUUGAUAAUUUGCUGUUUUUUAUGUAACAUUUGUGCUUUCUGUAGAAUAUCUUUGUGAAUAACAUUAUGGGGGAGAAAACUGCUUUUGGAUUACAUAAAUGUGCAGCAUGUUUAUAAUUCCUGGCACGGUGAAUAGGGAGCUAAUCUGUGUGUUUGCAUAUAAACAGUUCAUUGUGGAAAUGCUUGUAAAGCUGUUGAAUGAAUGUUGUCUUGCACCAAAUUUAUUUUAAAAUAAUCCUGCCUGAAAAAUGACAACUAUGCAGAUCGGGUCUCUCUCUUCGCAUUUACUUGGUAUUCAUUUGCUGUCAAUACAACACGACAUAUGUUGCAUCAAUGAGCCAAUAUUUUUUAAUAGAUCUUGUAUAUUGUGAUACAUUAAUUUAGCUACCUGCCUUUUUGAAAGCAUUUUCAUAUUUAAUGUACUGUAGAGCGUGUAUCAUCUUUGUAAAUUCUCCAUAUUUUUGCAGUCAAUAAAAUGUUGAGCUGUUUCU